ACAAGUUGGGGGCGGGUCCGACUCAACCAAUCAUCUUCUUGAAUACACGGAAGAGGGAAGUUCAGUUCGUUUACAUCGCGGGACGAAAGCUUGGCUUCUUAUCUGAAGAUUUAAAUUUGAAUGGCUUCGCGUCUUGUUUACACGAUCCUGCUUCGUUCACAAGUACGUUCACCUGGACGAAAUGUCUCAGCCGCAGCCACUGAUCCAGCUCCCACAAACAGCAGAGCGCGCGCCGAGCGCCGGGGAGCUGCGGUUCUGGCUGGACAAAGCGGUGUGUUGGGGCCAGGCUGACGGCCCAGACGCUCGCAAAGACGCCUCCCUGCAUUUGAGCAGACUGAAGGAUUUCCUCCAGCAAGUCCUCACACAUAUCAACAACAUGAGCUCCACAGCAGAGACGUUGAAGAGGCUGCCCCUCCUCGGCCAGUUUCUGGGGCGACUCUGCUGGAACCCGUAUGUCACUGCUGAUGCUACGGGCAGAAGGCUGCUGCUGCAGUGUCUGUGGGGACUGUACUCGGAGCAUCCAGGCAAUGCUGUGGAAAGAACAGCUAACCAGUGGAUUCGGAAGGUGCUGUGUCAGCUUGCUACAGAGGAAGACGACGCGCAGGCGUUGAUGAAGAAAAUGGAUAUUCCACCGAAAGAUUACCACCUCGAGGUUCUGAGAAAGAUGGUGGCACUGCUGCAGAAAAGCAUUGGGAAGAGCUGCAGUUGUUUGGGUGACACGAAUCAGAGGUGUGCGUGUGACAACAUUCUGGCCACGUCGGAGGCUUGUGUCCCCCUGGUCACUUGUCCCGAGGCUGCUCCUCUCAUUAGUGCACUGCUGCAGCAGCAAGUGACCUGUGUGAGGGCAGCACUUAGUGAAGACUUCCUGGAUGCUGUUAGCUCCGCCUACUCCAGCCGGUGCUUGUCAUUGGAGGAGCAGGCUGUCGUCUCUCUGUGGUGUCACAACCUGCCCAGUCUGGAGGAAGCAGUGCUCCGUUUGCUGGACUGUGCUCUCACUUACUCUGGCCCAAUCCCACAGAAGCAACUGGAACAGUCACUACUUCCCAAAGCCUGUGCUCAGCACUGCUCUAUAUUCUUGGUUGUAAACGACAUCUUCAGGUCCAUACUAAAACAAGCCGACGGAACAGAGUGUGUUAAGUAUUUCGUGGGAGCCUUUACCGGCUGCUUCCUCAGGGAAGUGGCGCUGCAGCAGCAUCAGACGAGUGUGUCUUUGAAGGCCAUGUUCCCACAGUCACCUCAGAGCCUGCUGCUUCCUCUCUUGACCCGGCCAACAGAGAUGCCUCAGCAGGCCUGGAGACGUCACCUGAUCUGGCUCAGCAGCUCAUUACAGAGACUGACACAGGAGGAAGAGCACGGAGACGACAACAGCAGCAGAUCAGGGAGGUUCCACACAGUGUUCGAGGCCUGGUUCCUUCUGGUCCAGUGUUCCCAUUGGGUGCAAGUGGCUGUCCAGCUGCUGGUGACGUCGGAGCCUGAGGACUGUGCCCCCCUCCUGUGGCUGCUCACCUUCUACCACCACCCCACUAACAGGGGGCACCACAGAGCGCUGCAGUUGGUACGUGGCAAAGAAGCAUGGGACCACCUACACUCCCUGUUCUCGGUCUUGGAUCCUCCUCUUCCUAUUGAUCUCCUGCAGUCAUUGGUCACUCUGCUGUCCCCACAACCCCAGCCGCCACCGCUGUCUCCAUUGUUGACACUCAACCUGUUUGUCAACUUUGCUGUUUUUCUCCAACAAUCCCUGAGUGCAUCAACGGAGAUUGUGCAGAUGGUGCUGGAUCGCUGUGGUCUGGUUGAUGGAGCGCGGUGGGUUCUCAGCUCCCUGCAGAUCAGAAUGAACCAAGGCGACUGCUUAUCAAGCGACACUGAAAGAGUUCAUCUCCGGAUCCGGGCACUCCAAAACACAUUAACACAUAUGCACGUAGCAUCAAGCCCUGCCAAGGAAUAAGCCCUCGCACACACACACUUCAAAAUAGGAACAGCUGGCGUUAUUCCUCAUUUCUUUGGACUUAAACAUGCAGAGCUGCUGCGCUCCAAAGCUUCCCAGUUGGCCGGUUUGGUUUCCACUCUGCUGAGUGAUUCUGGAGCCGGCCCCCGCUCACUGAGGAAGAGGAGGUGACCGCUGCGCCCCGCGUGCCAAACUCCUUUCAUCUCCGUCUGAAGUCAGCAAACUGGAAGAGAGAGAUACGUUCACAUUGGAGCAUUACGGAGCCUUUGGUCACCGGAUGUGGAGGCAAAGCCUGGAUACUGUGUGUGUUCAGUAUCCACAAAUAAUCCAGUUUGGUCUGAAACCACCGGUACAACCCAUACUGGGCAUUUUUUUCUGAGUUUAAAUGUAGAUCAACCAACAUGAUUUGGGUUACAAAUGAAUCUGUGAACAAUGUUAUGAAUAAUUUUGUAGGUAGUAAAAUAUAUAUCCUUGCAACAGACUAAAACAAAAGAAGCAAAGUGGUUGCCAACACUAACGAGUCUUUUGUGUACCACCAGUGCUUGUCGUCUUCUGGUCCGGUGUGGAGUGGACUGGACUCCGGUUCCUGCUGAACUGAGCCAGUGGUUGUAUAGGACUGAUUAUCAGCUCAGUAGGCACAGGAAGCCAACCCUGAAUAUCUCUGCUCGCUCUCCAACAAAGCACUGGCAAACCAUGAAAACACUUUUUACCUUGUUUUUUUGUCUGUAAUGAAGCGAAAAGGGAACGCCAACUCGAGCUCCACUAACCCCAAACCCGCCAGAAACCACACCACUUUAGGUCCAUUUAGACUGUGGCGGUUGUUGGGCUGCUAGCUGGUGAAAGGUUUGCUUCACACGGUAGAAACUUUUCCACCCAAAAUAAUUGUUACAUUGUUGGUUUAAACAAAAUGGCUUUUACACUACAAACAGAAAUAUACAUCCAUCUAAAUUACAUUCUGCCACCUUCUGUGAGAAGCAUGUAUACAUACCGCAUCAACAAUUAGAAAAGAUUCCAACGUAUGCUUUGAAAUCGAAUAAAACAGCCGUCUUAAAUACAGUUGGCAUUAAAGAGUCUUUCUAGCAGCGAGAAGAAACAACACUGUGGGCCAAAUUAGUUUAUUUUUGGUUCCUUUAUACAAUGUUGCUUGGUCCUUUAUGUGCAGAGCACCAUUUCCCCUCCCAUUAGAGCGUAAUAAAUCACCUUUUGCAUACAGGCUCAACAGGCCUUUGAUGGUCAUUACUCUUUUAACAGGCCCUAAAUAUAGGUCUAAAAAUGGCAGACUCCACAUGGCCCUCAUUUCUAAUUCAAACAUCUGUCCUCGUUUAGUCGCCAUUUUGUCGUCGUGAAUAUAGAGCGGUAUAAUACCUCCUCAAGUCUCAUAUUAUGACUGCCAAAAAAAGACACAGUUCUAAAAUUCAUCUCCAGCAAUCUGUCACGGUUUUGUUUGCGGGGUCACCAAGUACAGCUUUGCAUCACAAUCAGCUACAGUGACGUUAUUUUAAGCUUGUUUUAACGUAUCAACUUACUUUGAUUUUACAUCCUUUCUUUCGCCGUAUGUUUUAAGGGUUUCAAUUAAAGCACUUUGUUUUUUAAAAGUGCUAUAUAAAAGUUAGAGAAAAGGUAUACGUUAAGUUAAGGUACGGCAGCAUUUUAAACUUAAAAUAAUCAUACAUGAUGUAUUCUUUGCAUGGCACAGCAAGCACCAGACCUCCUUUCACCUACACACUAUGUGGACAUUUGUAAAGAAUUCAAAGAGAACAAAUCGCCACAUUUACCUUACAGAGGAUUUGUACAGUUUGUAAAACCCUUGGAGGCAAAUGUAAGAUUAAAUUGAACUGAAGACUAAAACAAAUCCGUGAGGCAGCUCUGAACAGCCCGAGAUUUAUAGAUCGCUGCAUUGGCAGACGGCCAUGCUAAAUACGAGCCUGCUCAUGUUGCUGAGCUUUGUGUGUAAAAUCGGUAUUUGGAGAUUCAAGGUUAUCUGGACUAAUUCAGUGACCCCCCCCCCCCCCCCCUUAGUGCACUCUGUAAGGCUGGAAACAAAGCAUGUGGUGUAACACAAUCGACCAUUCCUGCUUUUCUUGUCAUCACCGGGUGUUUUACAGGAACACGUCGUUUCUCUGAGACAGAACAACACAAGCUGUAUUCUAAUAGCUUGUGUACAGAAACACUUAAUUGUCCCAACGGAAUGGAACUGAAAUCAUGGAAAGUGUGUGAGAAUCUGUCUGCUUUAUUGAUCUCUGUAUCUUGGUUUCCUCGUCCUGAGAUUACAUCAAACACUGAUCCAUAUCUGCCGGGGAUCCACAGACGGCACGUUUAAAACCUGAAGCACUAAGACGUGCACUGAUUUGCUGCAGGCCCCGACCUCCUUUUUAACUAACUACCAUGCUUUAUCUACAUUAAGCUCUCCAGCUAAAGGAAUAGUUU